AUGCAACUUGUAUGUAACGAAUUUCAUGAUGAGCCUUCUUCAGUUGGACAUUGUAGAAAACUUCUACCACAGAUCGCACAAGGAAAAGUUUGGAAGAAAGGUAUGACCAAAGACAUUUCGAAAUACGGCAAAAGCUGCGAUGGAUGCCAACAAUGUAACAAAAAAAAAUUUCGUCAACGUUAUGCUGAAUUACAACCACUAGCGAUUGCCAAACAGCCUUUCAACAUUCUUCAAUGCAUUUUUAUAGAAGGUAGGUUUGCCCAAAUCUCAAGGCAACGACGCAACUUGAACGAUCUUGGGUUAAUUUACCAAAAAGAAUUCAUUUCUUACUUGCAGGAAAACGAUGACAGCAGAGCAAUUCAUGGAGACAUAAGAAGACUAUAUGGUCUCUGA